AAGUCAGAUAUCGGAUCUACUUGCUUUCGAUCAAUGGACCUCAAUCAUUUCUUCAUCCGACGGUCUCAAAAGCAGACGGUUCAUCGUUUUCUCUCUCUCCUGCCAGUUGCCAUGGCAUCGUCGGCCAUUGAGGACAUCUUCGAAUCCUCCCUAAACCUCGAGGAACGCCACCUCCAGAAAGGGUACAACGAAGGCUACAACGACGGAUUGGCCUCCGGCAAGGAAGAAGGAAGGGAGGUGGGUUUGAAGGUUGGAUUCGAGGUCGGGGAAGAGUUGGGUUUCUACAAGGGGUGCGUGGAGGUGUGGAAGGCAGCGUUCGAGAUCUGCCCAGAUGGUUUCUCUGCUAGAGUCCAGCGGAACGUGAAACAAAUGGCGGAACUGAUCGAGCGAUACCCAAUCCUGGAGCCCGAAAAUGAAGGGGUUCAGGAUCUGAUGGAUGCUCUAAGGACAAAGUUCAAGGCUGUCUCGGCAAUGCUUUCGGUUCGUCUAGGGUACCAAGGAUUCCCUGGACUGAAGGCAGAGGAUAAGGCCGGGUUUUGAGAUGGAAGGAAGUUGAGAAGACUUCCCCAAUUUUUUGAGGGGAAUCGGUUCGGAUGGCAUGAUGUAACUUCUUAAACGAUUUAUGUGUGUGUUUUUCUGAUGAUGGGAAUUAUCUUUGUACCCAAGUGGAAAUCUGGUUCUAGUUUUGGGUACUUGAGUUUGGUGGACGUUUUUCUAAUGUUUGGUAUGAUAAAAGGACCUUCUUUGUUCUUAUCUCUGUAAAUUGUUGUAGCGAAUGUUAAUCUGUUAAAUUGAAUACUGA